CGAUCCUCGUUACUUUAUUCUCAAGGUCUUUUCUAUGAUUCUGACCCAGUUCAUUCUGGUGUAAGCAUCUCCCCGCUUUGACCCCAUCUGGGACUUGCCAGUAAAUCGAUUAGACCCAGGUGUAACGUCAGGUUGUGGGAACAAUUCAGCAACAGGCAUUUUCUCUUUGAGUCUGUUAUAUUUUCAUGACAUUCGAUCCCUGUGGUCAAAAUAAGCCUACUCUCAUGUUCAGUACUCAGUCCCCAUAUGCCAACAAGCAUGUCCCAACAACAUUCAAAUAUGAGGAGCCGAAGCUUUGGCUUCGGGCCUUCCCCUAACUUUGGGCAAGUGGAAUCGGAAAAUACCUCAAUAAUUGAGGAGGCCAGGAAUCUACUGUCUCAAUUCAUGAAACACUCGUCCCAUAAGACCCAAGAACCUCAGAAAGACGACAGUGGUGGCUCAGAAGGUCGUGCGAUUUCGCAUAAUAUUUCAGGUUCUUUGGAAAAGGAAGAUCCUGAUUCUACCAAUCCAUGGCCGAUGGCAUGCGCGAAUUCCGAGAGCUUCACGCUCGAGAGAAAACCAAGAAAACAAAACAACUUGGCUCAACAAUCGCCCUCUGAUGAGUUCUCCAAAUACACGACUUAUCGUCCUGAACGCCAACAGAUCCUUACGUACCAAGAAUCCUCGAAGGAAAGCUUGAAGCCUAGCCAUGAGCGCGCAACUGCUUUACCUAGAAGUGGCCGAAAACGUUCGUUCUCACCAAAGCAGCCUGCCACAUUGGAUUUGGAAAUGGACCAAAAUAAAUACCAAAUAACAGGAACGCGCCGCUCCGGUCGAUCUAAAUCUGGACCUACCAACUACUAUGAGCCAGUAUGUCUAUUUAAUCUUGAUUCCGAUGAAGAUUCAGAACCUAGUCAAACCCCGCCGUCGAUGGAAACCCUACCAUCCCGGGCCCAUGACAAAGAUAUCAAGCCCCCACCUCACACACAGCAGUCCGCAAUCUUUUCGUCACAAGGGCUGCGAAUCAUGAAAUUGCGCUUCAAAACGGUGGCUGAACUAAAGGACUUGGAACAUGCAUGCUACUCCCCAGAAUUGAACCCUGCGAAUUAUGCUCGAAGAAUUAUUAAGGGCCCCGAGGCUGUUCUUCACGUUGACUUUGGUGACGAUGAAAUGAUGGCUGUGUUAGAGCUGCUAUCACUCCACGGCUUGCAAUGGACUGCAAACCCAGAGAUUUCGCUUGCCGAUCAAGUUAUACAAGCGUUAUCAAGUUGCACCGUGUCUGAUGAAAUUACACUGAAAUUAUCGUGGAUAUACAAGCUUUCCCACGUACUUGCUAGCCAGGGAGUACACGGCGACAGCACAUCAAUUUUGAAACUAUUACAGUCCCCGGGCGAGCGGGACAUUGUACACGUCCAACGCCUAAUGGCAAAGGUUCUAGGGCAAAGAGAACGAAACAACGGUGGUCAACAUCAGAUCGAGGAAAUCCAUCAAUUGGCCGCCUAUCUGCAAUGUGCUUCGAAAUUAUACCGGCGCCAUCAUAGGGACAUUGAUACAUUUAUCAAGGAUGCUAAGAAGGGAAAUCUACCGUCGAUUCCUUGCGUCGUCAAGGCGAUCGUCUCUCAGACUCAACUUCCGCCGGGCGGCAGACCUCGGUGCUUUCAAAAGUUUGGCCAGUUAUUGCAAAACAGAGAAUUGGGAUGCAACGUGAACAGAAAAAUCAACUCUGAUGUCGCAAGCAACUUCAAACUCUGCAAAAAAUGGAAAGGAGCUUCAAAUGACGUAGUAGUGAUGGCUUGGUCACCCGACGGAACGAGGUUUGCAGCCGGUGCCACGGCGCAAUGCGAUGAACACAACAUGGAGUAUAAUAGAGGAAACAAUCUUCUCCUUGGGGACCUGACUCGAAAUUGCCUGGAAGAACUACCUGACCAUUGCAUUCCACGACCAGAAAGAAGUGGUGUCAACAGGGCAGUGAAUGACACUCGGCUCUUCAUGAGCGUCACGGCAGUACAAUGGUUCGAUGACUUUCUGUUCACAGGAAGUUAUGAUAACACGGUUAAGCUCUGGGAUUUUGCGGGUGGGAAAGCAUCAUGUUGCAAAACCCUCCGGCAUGACGCCAAGGUGCAAGUCAUGGCCCGUUCGGCCCUUGAACACAAUGUGCUAGCAACGGGAACACAUGCCAUUGGAUUGUGGAACAUCGGGGAGUCUACAUACACUCCUCUUGAACCAUUCAAACACCGGCAUAGGAAGGAUAUUGAACUGGUGCCAACAUCCUUGGCGUGGGGAACUGUUCCCUCCACAAAGAAUAUACUGCUUGCCGGCUUUGCUGAAAAGCAUGAUGAAAUACCGCAAAAUGGUCUUCUUGCAGCCUGGCAUAUUGGGGAAGCGGAGGCGAUCCCUUUGCCAUUUUUACCCAACUCACAAAACAUCUUCGACAUCAAGUGGCAUCCCACUUCGGGGGCUUUCGUCACCGGGAGCUCCACAGGGCUAAAAAACAUCGGGUCCGUCGUCCGUCACUACGAGCCUCUCAAAUCGAGAAGGGGUAUUUACGAGUUUGACUGUCCCGCACUGGAUAUUAACGACGUUACGUUUUGCCCUGUCAACUCCAAUUAUGUGACAGCCAGCUGUACCGAUGGGAAUACAUAUGUUUGGGAUUAUCGCAAAAACAAUGACGUUGUCCUCAAGCUCCCACAUGGUGGGCCUCUCAAUCAAACCGACGAGACCCUUACUAGAGAACAGGCAGAUGUUGGCGUGAGGGUGGCAUUGUGGGGAAAUGGAAUCGACCAAUUUUAUACCGGAGCAUCCGACGGUGUCCUCAAGAGGUGGAACGUCCUGAAGUCAUCGGAGGAUGCACUUGUUGAGGAUACGGCUUGCCUAGAGGAAGAAAUAAUGAGCGCAACCAUUUCAGACGACAAAUCAAACCUUUUGGUCGGAGAUGCUGCUGGCGGCAUCCACGUGUUAUCGUCGGGGCCCUUUUUCAAUACCGACGAACGGUCAUUCACAUUCGAGCGCGCUACUCAAUUACCCUGUGAAGAUUACGAGCCGGAGCCCGAGUCGGGCCUUAGAGCUGGGCGCGGUUUGUUGUCGUCUGGUCAGCUUUCCUUGCACCCCGUGUAUGGAGUUGGACAAGGCCCUCACUACACGGGCCCUUUUGCCGCCUGGGCUCGACCGGAAGGGACACCCGACGAAAGGGUUGCGCAGACCCCGCUCAGAACGGAACUCCAGAUUCGUCAACUUGACGGGAUCCCGCUAGAACGCCGGAGCGGACUGGACGAGCAAUCUCGAAGGGACGUUGGGGCCCAAAUUCAACUCGCCCGAAUCCGAAAUCUAAGACAAGGCGAGAACAAGAGAAAGAGGGUCGAGCCAGCAAGCCCCAUGACCUCCCUAGGCGAUAAUGUUAUUGAUCUAUGUAGCGAUGGCGAAGGCCAACCUCGCUCUCUGACGCUGAUGCCUGGUAAACCCAAGCGACGAGCAAAGGCACGGAGUCGCGAGCCUCUAAUUGUGAACAUGGAAGGCGGAGUUAUUGACCUGACCGGGGACACCGAUAGCGAGGAGCUUGCAGACGCCUCGCCGGGACUUGGGCUCGACCGUGUUAAGGAGCUAGAGGAGGCGCUCGAUGAAGAUUUUUGGUGGCCACCAAGUCACUCUAUCGACCCAAAUAUCCAGGAUGGCAGUGCAUAGGGCUAGGGUGGGUUUGGACGCUGUGUACAUAUGCCGUAGUGAACUACACAUAGUUUAUUAGUAGCUAUUUACUCGUGAUUCCCCAGCACUAGAGAUGACUGACUCAUCAACUCCGAACCGUGGCUUGGCUUGGACGACCGUCACGUGGACAAGCACUGCCACGGUGGCUGCCUAGUCUAACCGGUUCCAUCCUGUUUGUUACUUUACCAGCUUUACAU